ACUGUGUGAGCAGCGUAGGGCACAACUAUCUCGAUAGUGAGCUGCCUUUGCUUGCGAUAUGUUCCAGAGAACAGUUGAUGUUCCCCUUCCACUUCCUCGACCGACUUGGAAAACACGACACGACCUGCACGGUCUCGGGCGGUGGGCGGUCAUCCCAGGCUGGAGCCAUACGCCUGGCGGUGGCCAGAGCCUUGUGCAGUUUUGUCACCGAGGAAGAGGUCGAGUGGAUGCGACAAGCUGGACUGCUGACUGCCGACCCACGCGUCAGAGAACGGAAGAAGCCAGGCCAAGAGGGAGCCCGCAGAAAGUUUACCUGGAAGAAGCGCUAAGUGUUCUUUCACGGGCGAGGAGAGGAAACGCCGUGUAUAUGUGCCUGGCAUGCGGCAGACAUACAAUAAACAUUUGCUGGCCGGUAUGAGGGCAACACUAUCAGGCAUUUGAGUUGGGAGAGGAUUUAUUUUUAAAUGCUACUUUGUAAAGGUUACCUUAUAAACAUAAUUUUUAAAAAAUAUUUAA